CACCAAGAAAGUAAUUUACAGUGCUGGAAAAUGGUCAAGAUCACAUUCUACGAGGAGAAGAAUUUCCAGGGCCGUUGCUAUGACUGCAGCGCCGACUGUGCCGACCUGCACUCCUAUUUCAGCCGCUGCAAUUCGGUUAGAGUGGAGAGUGGGGCAUGGGUCCUUUAUGAGAAGCCUAACUACGCGGGCUACCAGUACAUCCUGAGUCCAGGGGAGUACACUGAUAACCAACAGUGGAUGGGCUUCAAUGAUAGCAUCAAGUCUUGCCGUUCCAUCAAAAACGAGUAUGGAAACACAUGGAAGCUGAGGCUGUAUGAGAGGCCAGACUUUGGUGGUCAGAUGGUGGAGUGGGCGGAGGACUGCCCCUCGGUCUACGAGGCCUUUAAGUUCCGCGAGGUGUACUCGUGCAUUGUGGUCCAUGGCGCCUGGGUCUUCUAUGAGCUGCCCAACUACAGGGGAAGGCAGUACUUCGUGGAGCGCAGGGAGUAUCCCCGUCACACUGACUGGGGAGCUACGUCUGCCGGAGUGGGCUCCUUCCGCAGGAUCACAGAGUUCUAGGGGCCCGGUGACCUUUGACCUUCGAGUGGUUUUAGAGGGCAGGCACAGCAACGAUAGGCGUGGGAGCAAGAUGUCCUCUGUUCCUGGAGUCUGUGUGUCAUGGUCCAAUAAACAUUUGACGAUUUGCUAAAGUCUGAAA